AUGGACAGCUUACCACGAGAAACCCUGGACAUCAUCCUGGAGCAACUACUAGUCUAUAAUCACCCUGUUACCGAGCGGUUCGCUACAAUUACCGACGAGUCGAAGAAGGACGUGCUCAAUGCUCGACUAGUGUGCCGUGGCUUUUGCGAGUCAAAAUCGAUGCAGGAUGCCUUCUGUAGGCUCCUAGAGGAAAUCCCGCUUUUUCACGAAGAUCUUCGGCUGGAACGCUUCGAAUCCGUCUCUAAAUCUAGAUAUGCGGACAACAUGGCCACUCUUACGUUUCCUGGAUCGUUGGUGUCCUAUUGGUCUGACGAGCAGCUGUACAUCUUCAGGCUGAAGCUACGCAAGCUGAUCUACUAUUUCCCACACGUAUAUAAUUUACGUAUUGGUUACGAGGGUUUUGGAGAAGCAGAGAAUGGAAGCUUAUGGAUAGAUACUAACGAAGAACUUAGUCUAAUCACACAGUGGGCGGAGGGGCUCAUAUUCGAUCUACUUCUCCAAUUCCAGACCUCUGACCUAGGAAUACGGUCUGUGGAAUUACUACUCCAAGGUCUCGGUGCGUGGUCGUGCUCGAUCCCGCCGCAUUGCGAUCUCAGCGGACUGAAAAUGUUGACACGCCUUUCGGUGAACCUAAUAAUUGCGAAACAUACGCCCAUACUCGACUGGAGACUUCAAGAAUGUCAAAAUCUGGAGUUCUUAGAAAUCGCCCUUGGAAAUACGACGGAUCCUAGCUGGGACGGUUACCAUAUGAGACAACAUUUGGUGGAAGAUGGAGAGGGAUCAGAAGGACUCUUGCUACCGAAGCUCAAGACCCUCCGCCUUACAGCUGAUAUGGACUGGUACUUCCAUCAUUCUGAUGUUCUGCAUGCUCUCAAGAUGUUUCCAAACCUCCAAUGCCUAGGGCUUGCUUACUUCCCCCUGUCUCUUCCAGAAGACAAGACGUUGCAAUCGUUCAUUCAAGAGCUACAGGCUUUCAAGAUCGCUUCGAUCCAGCUCAUUUUUCCGAGCGUGUGGAACUAUGUUAGUGCCCGUAGGUUCUUCCAGAAUAAUGUUGACUACUCUGAGGCAAUCUCCGAGGAUGAGCUUGGUGACGGAUUGGUGGUGAAGAAUUUCGCGGACGGGCUACGAAUGGUACCCUUGUACUGCAGGGCUCAAUGGUUGAAUGAAACUUGGAAUUUCGGUGACAUAGAGCCGGUGCUGGGGUUCUCUGUGUUCGAUAAGUAG